AACGAUAUUCACCCCCCCUCUAGCGUUGGUCUAUUAUUCUAACAAUUGGUAUUAGAGCCUAACAAGCGUCCAAACUUAACCGUUUGAGAGUAAAUCGAUCAUGGGUUCUUCUUCUAGAAAUCUUUAUGCAGGGAUCGAAGAAGGUCAAUCAACUUCUAGGCCACUACUCUUUGAUGGCACCAACUACACAUAUUGGAAAGAGCGGAUGAGAAUUUAUAUCCGCUCAACCAACUUCCAAUUGUGGCUGGUCAUCAAGAAUGGCGAAGAAACGCCAAUGAAGAAGGUUGGUGAAAAACUCGUCCCAAAGACCGAAGACGAGUUUGAUGCCAAGGACAUCAAAAAGGUUGAGAACUAUGCAAAGGCAAUAAACAUGCUUUAUUGUGCCGUAAAUCCUGAUGACUACCGCAAGAUCUCCUGUUGCUCAACCGCCAAGGAGAUGUGGGAUAAACUUGAGGUGACGUACGAAGGAACGGACCAAGUACGUGAAGCCAAGAUUGACUUCCUCACCCAAGAUAUUGAGAUGUUCAGGAUGAAGGAGCAUGAGAAGAUUGACGACAUGUUCGACCGAUUUUCCAAGAUAGUCAACGAUCUUCAUGCAUUGAAGAAGACUUACACCGACAAGGAUCUUGUACGAAAGACCCUACAGAGCUUGACAUCCGAAUGGCGAUCCAAGGCCGAUGCCAUCUAUGAGUCAAUCAACACAUCAAAUGUCACCAUCGACGGUUUAAGAGGUAACUUAAAAACGUAUGAAUCUACUAUACUUAACCCGUCUUUGAAUGAUCAGGGAAAAGGCAUAGCAUUAAAAGCCUCUAAAGAACCGGCAAUGAAUGACUCAAGCGACGAAGAUGAAGUCAAGCUUGUCAUGAAGAAGUUUUGUAAACUUCUACGGAAGAAAGAGAAAGUUGAGGAUGACCUUGUGUGCUAUGGAUGUGGUAAAGCUGGGCACAUCAAGAACAAAUGCCCAAGAAGCGGAAGGAAUGCUCGUCACUUCAAAAAGCAAAGAGCAUACAUCUCGUGGGGUGGAGACUCCGGCGAUGAAUCAAGCGAAGAAGAGGAAGAAGAAGAAGCAAAUCCUUGUCUCAUAGCUCAAGAAGAAGAGGAGUCCGCCAACAACGAAAACCAAGAGGCUUCCAAGAAGAAGGUCACCGUCGAAGCCUCAAGCUCUGCGCCAAAGCCAUUCCCUUAUCUCGAUGGGUCCUUCUUGGAGUUCGGGUCGGAGGAGGAACUCAACCGGUUCCUCACGCACUUCGCCAAGCGUCCCAUUUCUCCGCCUAGGGUGCUGCCCGAGUUAUACCCUCAACAAAAGGGGUACCACGACCUCGACAAUCAGCUUCAAGCAUCGGGGCUGCCCAUUCGAGGCGAUGACAUCGCGACAUAUGGUGGCGACGAUUGGAUCCUCAACAACGAGGCAGUGGUCAUCCGAGAGCUAGGGAUCACCAACCUCAUCCGCCACAGCGGCGCGCCAACGAUUCACUCGGCCCCACCAGACAAGCGCCUCCUCCUCUACAUCAUCACCUGGAUUCUUCGCCCCCAGGACAGCAGCCAUACCUCGCUCUUCAACGAGUAUUUGAAGGCGAUUCAUGCAAUCAUCCACGGAGCCUCCAUCAAUUGGGCAAAAUUUGUCAUGAUACACAUGGCGGAUUGCGCCUCACUCGCCACCGAGUGGAGCUUGCCGUACGCCUUCCUCGUCAUGGACAUCAUCGUCGCCUCCGACAUCCACAUCGCCGAACAAGAUACGAAGAUGACGAAGAUUUGGAUCAUUCAAGAUAGCACCUUCCGGAAGAAGUCCGGAGACCGAGACAACUCUGGAUCGAGCCGUGCCUGUGCCUCUACCCGUACCCCUGCCCACACUCCUGCCCGAGCCUCCUUGCAUGUAACACCCUCAUCCGUUCAGGUCUCCAGCCCCUUUCGGACUAAAGUAUUGAUUUGUUAAUCAUGAUAAUUUAAAACAUUUCAACACUUUUAUUCAUCAUAAAUAUUAUUCAAUACAUAACUGUAGCAAAAUACAGAUUGUUUAAUAAUAAUGUGGAAGCGAUUUAAACUAUGUUUAAUAACAACGCAAUUAUUCAUUUUAAAAUCACAAAUUCCACCACGACAGUCUCGCCCCUUCCGCUUCCAGGAACAUGCCAAUCAUUCAUUCUGCCUACCUGCGUGUAGCAAAUAAAACACACUACACGCUCAGCGGUGAAGCUGAGUAAGCAUAUUUAAAGUGUCGAACAUCCACAUAAAUUGAAUCUAAUAUU